AUGUCGGUUGUCUCUCUCCUCGGGGUCAAGAUCCUGAACAACCCCGCCCCUUUCCUCUCUCCUUAUCAAUUUGAGAUCACUUUCGAGUGUCUCGAGUCGCUGCAAAAAGAUUUGGAAUGGAAACUCACCUACGUCGGUUCCGCGACCUCCUCCGAAUAUGACCAAGAGCUCGACUCUCUUCUCGUCGGACCCAUCCCUGUCGGUGUCAACAAGUUCAUUUUUGAAGCCGAUCACCCUGACCUGAAGCGCAUUCCUACGUCGGAAAUCCUCGGUGUGACGGUCAUUCUCCUUACUUGCAGCUACGACGGCCGAGAGUUCGUUCGAGUGGGUUACUACGUGAACAAUGAAUACGACUCGGAGGAGCUUGCCACCGAGCCGCCCGCGAAGCCUAUCAUCGAACGCAUUCGUCGGAAUAUCCUUGCUGAGAAGCCCAGAGUGACCCGAUUUGCGAUCAAAUGGGACUCGGAGGAAUCUGCUCCCGCCGAAUACCCCCCUGACCAGCCCGAAGCCGACAACCUGGACGACGACAGUGGUGCCUACGGUGCCGAAGAAGCCGAGCUUGAAGCCGCUCUGGUCAAAGAACUCGCCGACUCUGAGAAGGAACCGGCCCCCAAGACUGAAGAUCACGACAUGGAGGGCACCGAGCCGGCCGCCGUCAAGGAAGAAGAAGAGGAAGACAUCUCUGACGCCGAGAGUGAGGACAUCGAAGACGAAAGUGACGACGAUGACGACGAUCUCGACGAAGAGGAUGGCGGCGAUGGCGACGAGGACGUCGAGAUGGGCGACGACUCCGAACAGAAAGACGAGUCUGCCAACGGCAAGGCCAACCCUUCGGCUCAGCAACCCCAUCAGUCGGAAGUGAUGGUUCACUGA